UUGAUCACUGUGAUCUUUUUUGUGCUUUUUCUCACAUGUUUUCAUCUAGAGCUGAACAAAAACCCUGUGGAGGGAUUCUCAGCAGGUCUGAUCGAGGACAGUGAUCUCUACAGAUGGGAGGUCCUUAUCAUUGGGCCUCCAGAUACACUGUAUGAAGGCGGUGUUUUUAAAGCUCAUCUGACAUUUCCCAAAGACUACCCCCUCAGGCCUCCUAAAAUGAAGUUUAUCACAGAUAUUUGGCAUCCCAACGUUGACAAAAAUGGAGAUGUUUGCAUUUCUAUUUUGCACGAGCCUGGGGAGGACAAGUAUGGCUAUGAGAAACCAGAGGAGCGCUGGCUGCCCAUCCACACUGUGGAAACCAUCAUGAUUAGCGUUAUCUCUAUGCUGGCAGACCCAAAUGGCGACUCACCAGCCAAUGUGGAUGCUGCAAAAGAGUGGAGGGAAGACAGACAUGGCGCCUUCAAAAGGAAAGUUGCCCGCUGUGUACGAAAAAGCCAAGAAACUGCGUUUGAGUGA